UUCCAAUUCGCCCAAUAAAGUCUGGUAGAUAUAAAAACCCUAUAAAAGAGGUACACGAACACGUAACCAUUGUAGACUAUUGAAUUUACGUUGGCCGUCAGAAAGUUCCCAGUUGCACACAUGCGGACUGCAAGCACAUCAUCAUUGCUUUACGACCUGUGCAUUGUGCAAAGUGCUCAAUUCUUGAAAAGAAAGUUACUCUUGGAUUUUAUUCUGGCUGAAUAUUUACAUGUAGAAAGUGUUUCGUGGAGAAGCAAACUUAAUCACUGCAUACGUUUGUCUCUCGGCUGUACCAAAUUCGACAUUUUAACAGAGACUGUUGGAACAAUCGACACGCACCGGUAGGCUGUCACACAGAAGUUUGCUGUUGACAGUGUACAGUUGUUUGGAGAGAAAAACUCGACUUCUGCCACACACCGGUUGAUUUUUGACAAUGGACAACACAACCAAUUUCUCUGACCUUGGGAAUUCCACCCCUGGUACCAUGGUCCUCAGCACUAGCGAGAGGGUGGGUGUUAGUGUCAUGUACUUGGUGAUAUUGAUUCUGUCCAUUGGCGGCAAUGGAGGGCUCAUCGUGGCCGUGACGCGGUCCAAAAGCCUCCAGACCAGGGACAAUGCCUUUGUGGUCUGCCUGAGCGUGGCCAACCUGAUGACUGGUCUGUCGUUGCCGUGGAGUGUGGUGGGUCUUCUGAGCUCAGAGGGCUGGCCACUGACCACCGAGGUGCCCUGCCAACUCGCUGGGCACUGCCUGAUCAUCAGCUUUGGGGCCAACUUAUACAGCCUUGCUGGGAUCGCCAUCAACCGUGUGCUCAUCAUUGUGGCCUCGCCCAGUACAUACCAAGAAUGGUGGACACCAGCUAAGGUUGCUGUCAUGGUAACAGUUGCCUGGGUACUCCCUUUUCUCACUGUACUGAUACCACCCCUCCUCAGUGUCGGCACUGUUGGUUACGACGAGAAUGAUCACACAUGCUCAUUUGUCGGUAGAGAUCAGAAUGGACAUGGAUACCAACUUGCUUUGACCAUGGUCUUUUACCCUAUUCCCAUUGUAAGCAUCAUUGUUUCUUACGUAGUCAUCUUUGUCACCAUACAACACAAUUUCAGACACCAGAAAAAGCAAUGUGCUGCAGCACCGAGCCAGCCCUGUGAUUUCAGCUGGGGGGCUGGGCGCGAAUCCCGCAAGUCGCACGUCAAGCGGCAGGAACUCCACAUCACGCUGAACCUCUUCAUCAACGUCUGCGUCGUCUUCCUGCUCAAUCUGCCAUACGGCAUCGCCUUGGUUCUCCCCGAUCACCACAGAGUCGUCCUGUUCUCCUCCUUGGUCUUCCUGAUGCACUCCUUUGUCCACCCGAUCCUCUACGGCUUCAGGCACCCGCAGUUCAACCGGGCAUUUCGACGGAUGCUGCACCUCACUAGGGGCCCCCGAUCUCCAAUAGGCUCAGCCCAACAACACUCUCUACAAAUACCAUCAAUAACCCAGCUUUGAAAAAAUCAUGACAAAGAGAGCUUCUCCUGAUGGACCGUGCCUACUCUAAUGCAGGAUCCCAUGGUCUUAAAUGGACUCCAAUCAAGUCGUAGUGCGAUCCCCAAGUUUAACUCGUUAGUGCGAGGGGAUGCACGAGGUGAUCCAAAGGAUGCCGUUUGAAAUCAACCUAUUAGGAAGAAAGCAAGGGGUUUGUUGUUAUCAUUUUUUAUUUAUUUAUUUAUUUAAAUUUAAAACCACUUCCCACUACUUCUUACAUCAUGAUUAUCCUCUUGAGAACUCCUUUAAGUCUAAGAUUAUGAUGCAAAUAAUGGACAAUAGUCAGUUUUAAUUAUGGUACCUCUGUAAUAGAGGUGAUUCACAAUACACGUACAGUGCACCACCAAGAGGUUAGCAGUGAGAGACCGUUUUUUUUUUCAAGUUCGAUAAAGUUUGACAAAAGCCUGGCCACCUUGCCACAAUCAAAUUAAAAGCAUUUGAGCUUGUCAGUAGACAACUUGGGAAAAUUGUUGAAAGAUCGGAACAUUCCAUUCAGUAGAAAGAAAGUAUUAAUUAAAGGGGCUACUCGAAAUACACAAAAGAAUUGGAAAUUGAUCAAGUUGGCCUUGCACAACCGUUUCUCUCAGUGGACAGCCAAAAAGGGACCUUUCUUUGCAUCCUCUUAGUGGUGCACUGUAUUGAGAAUUACCUGUGCUACUGGUGAUUUGCACGUGUUUGCUUGCGUGUCGGGUUUUUUAAAACACUUACAGCACUCAACAUUUCACGCAUGUUUACGGAUUGCUUUCUGAUUUAUAUUUACUGAUUCUUGUUGCUUAAUCAAAAUUAAUUGAUUGAUAAAUUUGCCAGCUUCACCACAAGAAGUUUCAAAGUUCAUUUCAUAAAUAAAUGUUAAAUGAAAUGCAGCUUAUGGAUUUGAUGUUCAUGUUGUCAGUCAGUGGUUGGCAGACCUACCCCAUCUUUCAGCCCUGAGCUACCCAAAAAUGCUGCAAUGAUAGUUAUCCCAGGAGCUGGUCAACGUUGCCCACAUAUGAGAUAGUGUGGAAAUUUUGAAUCAUAAAUUGCGUAGUUGUAAAGUUUGAUAGCAGACCUUGAAUUUUAUUCACCAAGAUAUUUGUGGUGUACACGUAGUCUGUUGUAAGUGAUGUUUGCCUUCACCAACGCAAGAUGUCACAAGAGCAGUACCUACAUGUACAUGGAUAUACAUUUCGUACAACUUUUUGUUAAAAUACAUGAACUUUAUUAUUGUUAUAAUACCCUAUAACGGUCAGAAGAAUUGCGUGUUAAUAGAAGCUACCGGCAACACAUCUGCAAAUGAUGACAGGAAGUGCUUGGUAAAUAUUGCAUCCAAGUGUUGUAAAUGUACAUGUACGUUUUUGAGAAGUGCUGGCAAAUGCCAGCUAUGAACGUGCAUUGCGUUGCCAUUGUACAAAAGUCCAUGCGGAGAGUGACCGAGAGUAAGAUAAAAAAAAGCAAGAGUCUGAAGAAAAGCAAUGCUUUUUUGGAUACACAAAGUAAUAACAGGUUAUAAUCAUUACAGAACUGAUAGCUUAGGAUUAGUCGGUAAUUGAAAUUAGGAGGAUUAAUUUCUUUUUCCUUCCUUUUUUUUCUGUAUUAAAAUUGCACUUACGAUUAUUUACAAGA